AUGUCGUCCAACCAAGAUGUCCCCCAGCUCGGCUUCUGGGAAAAAGCAGAUAUCCCAUUCCUGCAUCUGUCACUGUACGCCAGCAUGGUGUAUGCUGCCAUUACUGGUGUUUUUCGGGGUAAAGACAGCCCCAAGCGCUAUGAUCACCACAUCCUGGCCGCCGUCAUUCGGAAAAUGGUUGAUCGUAGGUCGGAUCGACAGACACACAACACUGAGAACGGACAAUACAUUGACCUUGUAUUGUCGCACAGGUAUCUCCUUCUCCCAACUUCAGUGACCUACGAAGCCGCAAUGAAGAAGCACGGUCUCCAACCCGAGACAGUCGCACUCCCACACAACACAGAGGGUUACUGGAUCGGAAACAAGAACGCCAAGAACGUGAUUGUAUACUACCACGGCGGCGGCUUCGCCAUGCCCGCAAUCCCAGCCUACUUCGACUUCUGGCUCGAGAUACUACAAGCCUUGAAUGAAACUGGCCACGACCUAGCCGUUUUCUUCCCCCGAUAUACACUAACCCCUCACGCGAGAUACCCAACCCAGCUCCGGCAAGCCGUCGAAGCCCUACGCUACAUCCUCAACGAGACGGGCCGCUCACCAGCCAACGUAAUUAUCGGCGGCGACUCAGCGGGCGGGAACCUAGCCGCAGCGACGCUGCUGCACCUGUCUCACCCGCACGCGGAGAUUGACCCGCUGGUAUUGUCAGCACCGUUGGCGGGCGUCUUUACUUACGCGCCAUGGGUAAACUUUAGUACGGAGUGGCCGUCGAUGAAGGAUAAUUUGUGGAAGGAUCUUCUUACGCCGGCGGUUUUGACGAGGUGGUCUAAUUCGUACCGGGGGGAUAGCCCGGCGGAUAAUUGGAAUGAGCCGUUUAAUGCGCCGGCUGAGUGGUGGAGUGGUGCUAAGACGGAGAGGAUUUUGGUUCUUGCUGGUGGGAAUGAGAUCUUGCUUUCGCCUAUUGAGGAGUUUGUGAAGAAGAUCAAGUCGGUUUUUGAGGAGAUUACUUUUGUCGUUGGGGAUGAUGAGGUGCAUGAUGCGCCGUUUUAUACUAUGACUAAGGAGGAGACUCAGACACGUUCGGGGUUGAGACAGUGGUUGGCUGCUCGGCUGUGA